CUCGGGCCUUUCGUCAUUCCUUCCAUCUACAAAUGCCAAUGCGGUUCUCAGCCGGCCCGGGAAGGGGACACAGCCAGGUCCCUGGCGCGGAGGCGCGUCCCGCCAGGGGCCCUGGCGGGAUCGGUGGCCGGAGAGGCCCCGGGGGGGCCGGCGCCCGAGCGGAGGAGGGUGCGCAGGGCCGAGGGCCCACAGGGAGGAGCGGGCCUGCACGGACCGACGGCGCGGGACAGACUGACAGCCCGGCAGACGGCGCCGCACCCAUGCACGGGGAGGGUAGCGCCGUCCCGCAGAGCCGAGGGCGGCCCCAGCGCCCAGGCCGCACGCAGGACUGCAAGGACAGGCCGAGGGCGGCGGGGGCGGGACAGGACCGACGAGAAUCCGGAGGAGGAUGGCGGCGACCUCCGAGAGCCUCUUCCCCUCUGGGGGUGACCUGGACUCCAGACAGUUACAGAUGGAGCCCGAUGAGGUGGACACUCUGAAGGAGGGAGAGGACUCAGCUGACCGGAUGCACCCCUUUCUGGCCAUCUACGACCUCCAGCCUCUGAAAAUUCACCCCUUGGUGUUUGCCCCUGGGGUUCCCGUCAUAGCCCAGGUGGUGGGCACUGAAAGAUACACCAGUGGAUCCAAGGUGGGCACCUGCACUCUGUAUUCUGUCCGCUUGACUCACGGUGACUUUACCUGGACAACCAAGAAGAAGUUCCGUCAUUUCCAGGAAUUGCAUCGGGACCUCCUGAGACACAAAGUCUUGAUGAGUCUGCUCCCUCUGGCUCGCUUUGCCGUUGCUUAUUCUCCAACCCAAGAGGCAAACAACAGACAGAUGCCCUCUCUACCCCGAGCAGGUCCUGAGGGCUCCGCCAGACAUGCAUCCAGCAAACAGAAAUACCUGGAGAAUUACCUCAACCGCCUCCUGACCAUGUCUUUCUACCGCAACUACCAUGCCAUGACAGAGUUUCUGGAAGUCAGUCAGCUGUCCUUUAUCCCAGACCUUGGAUCCAAAGGACUGGAGGGGGUGAUCCGGAAGCGCUCAGGUGGCCACCGUGUUCCUGGCCUCACCUGCUGUGGCCGAGACCAAGUUUGUUAUCGCUGGUCCAAGCGGUGGCUGGUGGUGAAGGACUCCUUCCUGCUGUACAUGUGCCUCGAGACCGGCACCAUCACAUUUGUUCAGCUCUUCGACCCUGGCUUCGAGGUGCAGGUGGGGAAAAGGAGCACAGAGGCACGUUACGGGGUCCGGAUCGACACCUCCCACAGGUCCUUGAUUCUCAAGUGCAGCAGCUACCGGCAGGCACGGUGGUGGGCCCAGGAGAUCGCUGAGCUGGCCCAUGGCCCGGGCAGAGACUUUGUACAGAUGCACCGGCACGAAAGCUACGCUCCACCUCGGCCUGGGACCCUGGCCCGGUGGUUUGUGAAUGGGGCAGGUUACUUUGCUGCUGCAGCUGAUGCCAUCCUGCGAGCUCAAGAGGAGAUUUUCAUCACAGACUGGUGGUUGAGUCCUGAGAUUUACCUGAAGCGUCCGGCCCGUUCGGAUGACUGGAGACUGGACAUUAUGCUCAAGAAGAAGGCGGAGGAGGGUGUCCGGGUGUCCGUACUGCUGUUUAAGGAAGUGGAGUUGGCCUUGGCCAUCAACAGUGGCUAUAGCAAGAAGGUUCUAAUGCUACUGCAUCCCAACAUAAAGGUGAUGCGCCACCCAAACCAGGUGACUCUGUGGGCCCAUCAUGAGAAGCUCCUGGUGGUGGACCAAGUAGUGGCCUUCUUGGGGGGGCUGGACCUCGCCUAUGGCCGCUGGGAUGACCUGCACUACAGACUGACUGACCUUCGGGACUCCUCUGAGUCAGCUUCCCCCCAGCCUCCCACCUCAUGCUCAGACCCUCCAGCUACACCAGACCUCUCUCACAACCAACUCUUCUGGCUGGGCAAGGACUACAGCAAUCUUAUCACUAAGGACUGGGUCCAGCUGGAUCGGCCUUUUGAGGAUUUCAUUGACAGGGAGACCACACCCCGGAUGCCAUGGCGGGAUGUCGGGGUGGUGGUCCAUGGCUUACCCGCCAGGGACCUUGCCCGGCACUUCAUCCAGCGCUGGAAUUUCACCAAGACCACCAAGGCCAAGUACAAGAUACCCAGGUACCCCUACCUGCUGCCCAAGUCCACCAGCACCGCAAACCAGCUCCCUUUCAUGCUCCCGGGAGUGCAGUGCGCCACCGUGCAGGUCUUGCGGUCAGUGGACCGCUGGUCAGCGGGGACCUUGGAGAACUCCAUCCUCAAUGCCUACCUGCACACCAUCAGGGAGAGCCAGCACUUCCUCUACAUUGAGAAUCAAUUCUUCAUUAGCUGCUCAGAUGGACGGACGGUGCUGAACAAGGUGGGCGAUGAGAUUGUGGACAGAAUCCUGAAGGCCCACAAACAGGGGCAGUGCUUCCGAGUCUACAUGCUUUUGCCCCUGCUCCCCGGGUUCGAGGGCGACAUCUCCACAGGUGGUGGUAACUCCAUCCAGGCCAUUCUGCACUUCACUUACAGGACGCUGUGUCGUGGGGAAUAUUCAAUUCUACAUCGGCUCAAAGCAGCCAUGGGGACAGCGUGGCAGGACUAUAUUUCCAUCUGUGGGCUUCGCACACACGGAGAGCUGGGUAGGCACCCGGUCUCAGAGCUCAUCUACAUCCACAGUAAGAUGCUCAUUGCAGAUGACCGGACAGUCAUCAUUGGCUCCGCAAACAUCAAUGAUCGGAGUUUACUGGGGAAGCGGGACAGUGAGCUGGCCGUGCUGAUCGAGGACACGGAGAUGGAGGCAUCCCUCAUGAAUGGUGUGGAAUAUGAGGCGGGCAGGUUUGCCUUGAGUUUGCGGAAACACUGCUUCAGCGUGAUUCUCGGGGCAGAUGCCCGGCCGGACCUGGAUCUCCGAGACCCUAUCUGUGAUGACUUCUUCCAGUCGUGGCAAGACACAGCUGAGAGCAAUGCCAAUAUCUAUGAGCAGAUCUUCCGCUGCCUGCCGUCCAACGCCAUUCGCUCCCUGCGGGCACUCCGGGAGUAUGUGGCCGUGGAGCCGCUGGCCACGGUCAGCCCUCCCUUGGCCCGGUCUGAACUCACCCAGGUCCAGGGCCACCUGGUCCACUUCCCCCUCAAGUUCCUGGAGGAUGAGUCUUUGCUGCCCCCCCUGGGGAGCAAGGAGGGCGUGAUACCCCUAGAAGUGUGGACAUAGCUGCGGCUCCAGCCCGGGAUAGGUCACCAGCCGCUGGGCUCUACCUCAUCUGGCUCCCUGCCCCCUCACCCUGAGGACCGAGGGCAGUGCCUUUGAGACCUGGGGGAGGCGGGCAUCCCCGGAGGGAACUAGAGAAGUCACAGAGGACCCUUUCUUGAGAAGUAGCCCAAGAGGACACUCUCAAGCCCGGGCUGGGGAGGCAGGAGAGGGUCCAGAGAAGUUCAUCCUCCUCGCUGCCCAGUUCAAACCACUGCUACAAAGGAGAAGCAAAACACCUGCCAGGAUGCCUGGGGCCAGCCUCCUACUCCAGGAGGACCAGAUUCUGCCCUAGGCCUUCCCAUCUCUCCCUUCGUCUUCCUGCCCUUGAACGCCCUCCCUGCCCCAGGGCCUUUCCCGGUUCAUUACUGCCAAGGUGGAGGGAAGGAUGGAGCCACUCCCGGCUUCAGUGCCCAUGGUGGGGAGGGGACGGGGGGUGGGGGGAUGCACACUAACCCCCCCCACCAGCUGAUGACAGGCACUAACUCUGUAUCAGUUCAAUAAGCGUUUCAUAAAUAAAAGCCUAGAAAAGGUC